CGACCGAACGCCAGACAGUCACUGUUCUUACCACAGGGAGGACGCACAAACCUGCUCUCCUGUGAUCUCCUCGCCACCGUUUCUGAAUCACUUAGACUCCUUUUCUUUGGAUACUCCGCUACCAGUGAUCUUGAAAAGGGAUUAAUCCCAAGUGCAAAGCAUAACAUCUCUUGUGUGUUCUCCUCGCACGCGUGUUCUUUCUGAGUGAAGGAAAGAUAGCGAUAAGCCUUAACAACGGAGCAUAUACCACACUGCCUGCAAAAUGUUGUACGAUUCCGUGGACACAUACUGCCACACCGGCCUUGAUGACAACAGCGUGAGGAUGAACAAACACGACGAACUAUCGGACUUCUCGUCGCAGUCGAUCCUGUGCGCCAUGGACCGCUUCGUCAAGGCGGUCAACAACAUGAACGAGACUGUCAUGGUGCCGUGCAGGUUGUUAGACAUGGAGGUCGAGAACAAGUCGACCGGCGAGAAGGUGCCCGUGCUGCUGCGCAGCGGCGGCAACCCCUACAGCUUCUACUCGGUGCUCAACUCCGUCAAGAACGACCUGAUUUGGGGCCCCACCUCCAAUGACGACGACGACAAUGAAAACAGCGCCAGCACAACCAAUAACACGCGGUGGUCCGACCCAGUCACCGUCAGCAGCGCCGCCAGCACCGCGUCGUCGUCGUCGUCGUCGUCGUCCGGGCACGUGAAGGGCCACAUGCGGCGCCAGAGCACGCUGUCCAUGAUCUCCGUGUCGUCGAACGCCUCGGACGGCGACAGCGAGGGCGGCUGCGACGGCAGCGAGGGCGGAGACUCGGGCGUGGAGGCGGAGGACAUGACACCUGAGCUGACUGCAGCCGCGCUCACCAACAACCUCCGCACGCACCUCCUCGGCCUCCACACCUGCCUCUCCAACCUCACGGACACCGCGGCCUUCAUCACCGAGCGCUACCAGGAGGAGGUCAAUGUCUAGGACGCCCCCCCCCCCCCCCCUCGUCGCCAAGAGGGCGCAGGGAACCGUCUCCAGCUUCAGCCCUCAGCCCUGAGUCACAAAGACCAAGAGUUUAACGAAGAAGAAGAAGAAAAGAAGUGAAAAGAAGACGAGGAGAAACCAGAAAUCUCCUCCUCCCUCUCUUCAGGCGACGCAGGGUUUCAGGGGAAAGAGGGAGCGGGAAGACAAGCGGCCUUCCUCCUCCUCCUCCUCCCUUCCGGUCAGUGCAGAGCAAGGUCCCGCAUACCCCUUCCCUCUCCCCUAUCCCUCCCUCUUCCUGUCCCCUCCAUUCUUCCCCUAUUCACGCACUGUCCCGUGUCCCGUGAGAAGGGCUUUUAAACCGCCACUCGCCCCCUUCCCCUCCCUCUCUUCCUGGCGAGUGGCUUAGCACACAUUAGCAAAGAGCAGCUCUCGGGGUGUCACGACGUCACCACGACUUCCCCCACCCCGAAGGAGCCGCAAGAGGGGGCUGGACCCCUUCAUCUCGUCUGUGAUAUGAAGCGCGCGCGCGCACCCGCACUGUUUCGUCUCGUUUCCGGCUCUCGCAUUCAUGCACAGAGGCGCACAAGCAUAGGGUAGACCGCCGUCCUGCUCUCCACAGCGAAGGCGGAGGUGAAGAAUGCGUCGAAGUGCACAAAUGCCUUUCCUUGCCGUUCACGCCUCUCUCUCUCUCUCUUGGUUAUCCUCUCUCCCUCCCAUGCCUUUCCUUCCGUCCUUCCUCGCCUCCCUCACGCCCUAACCCAGAAGCUUCCCGGCCCCAUGUCAAAGAGAAGAAUUUAAAUCAGAAGAAAAGAGAGAGAAAAAGAAAAUCAGAUAGAAGUAAAGUAAAAGCUUUCCGUGAGAGCCUAACGAAGGGAAAGAAGGAAUUCCUGACGAAGAAACGUGAAAAGCUUUUCUUCCCGACGAAGGAAAGGAAAAAAAAAAAAAAAACUGGACCAAUAUCUUAUUUUCUUUUAAGUGUUUGCGCUCCACGGCGAAUUUGUGUCUCGCUGUGGUAACCUGGCGCCCCAAAGUAUAUAUGUGUGUGGGUAAUAUGUGAAGGCCGUGGCGGGCUCUCUAUAUCAAUCUAUCGUUCAGUUUAUUCAUUCAUCUCUAUGUAUCAGAUCUGUCUAUCGAAAUUCUAAGUCAACCUUCGUGCAAGUUGUCUACAUUUGGCCAUCCAUCGAUCAGACCCUUGGGCAUCUUCCAGUGUCGGGGUGCGCGUGUGUACGCGUUUUAAUUUCCAGUGUAUAUCUAAGGAUUAUCUAUUGUAUAUGAUUAAAAAUCCUUCAGUGAGAUAACAUACAUACCACAAUUCCCUCCUUGGAUUAAACUGUGUGCGUAUGUGUACGUGGAACUUGAUGUGUACAUAGAGAGAGUCCAUCACACCUGCCACUUUAAGGGAAUUACAAUUAUAAUUAUUGUUGUAGUGUUAUUACUGUAAUUAUUAUUAUUAUUUUUAUUUUGUAUUGUAUUGAUUUAAUAAAUAUAGAUAUUUCGUAUA